CUCAUAAAUGACCGAGCUCCGACCUUCCACCUGCUGCGGAGAAAUCUCCGACAUUUAACCAGAAACCGCAAGACACGGAGACUACCUGUUAGCUUCUCCCACCCCCUCCACCUUCUCCUGCUCCUCCCGGCUCCGCUCUGCGCUUUUCCGUGCCCUCGGUGAGAGAGCAGAGGCUGGGAUUUAGGCUGCACACCUACUGACCUACUUCGCGCAAGUUGGGAGUCCGACCAGUGCGGUCUGGCAAAACUGUGCCCACCACCAGCAGCAGCAGAAGAUGACGGGUGAUGUAGAAACAGUGGUGACCCCGUGGCGAGACCUUCAGUAAAAAAGCAGCAGGGGGAGGUGGGGUAAAGGAGGUGAGAAGGUGAGGAAGAGAAGAAGGCGUGCAGAAGGAGCCAGAGGUGGUGGUGGUGUGUGCGUAUUUGUGCGUGGAGACACAGGAGGAGGUUAUGACCGUGUCUCUUCACCUGGAUCUCGGGCUGAUGCUGCUGCUCCUGCUGGCCUGCUGGCAGACCCCGGGGAUGGUCGGAGGAACUGUGCCAGCAGCCCCAGUGAAUGUAUCGGUGACCCAGCUGAGGGCACACUCGGCCAUGGUGACCUGGAACGUCCCUCAGGGAGACACCGUCAUUGGAUACGCCAUCUCACAGCAGAGGCAGGACGGCCUGAUGCAGCGCUCCAUACGAGAGGUGAACACGUCCAGCCGCUGGUGUGUGCUGUGGGACCUGGACGAAGACACACACUACAGUGUCCAGGUGCAGUCCGUUGGGCUGCACGGUGACAGCCCACCCAGCCGUGCCGUCCACUUCAGGACUCUGGAGAGGACCGACCACUAUCCAGCCGGAGUCCUGGACCACCAUGAGCCAGCGAUGGAGGGCCUGGGUAUGACUCCACAACUGGAGACUGGAGAGCUGCUGAUCAUAACCACUGUGCUGCUGCUGUGGGCAGCCGUCAUCGCCCUUUUCUGCCGGCAGUACGACAUCAUCAAAGACAACGACUCCAACGGCACCAAGGAGAAAGCCAAGCGGCCGCUGGUCCGAGCCACUUCCUCCUACUACAAUGCCUCAGCUGGCAGCUCGCCCAUCUACCACAACGGAGCCGUCCGCAGCAGCAGGAAAAUCCUGAAGGAGAAUGUCCGACCAUCAGUUCAAGACCUGAAGCUCAAGAGCACUUGCUGCACAGGGCCUCCUCCUCCAUCAGCAUCAUCAGGGUCUGAGAUGCGGGUGCCGGAUCGGAGCCUCUUGGACAAGCGAGGAGGAUUUACAAACUCAGUCUAAUCUAUUGUAAAAUAUGGGCAGCGUAAGGAACCACUCCAUGCAAAUCAGACUGAAAUGAGAGCGAGGAGCUGUGCUGUGGAGACCGUGGAUGGCUGCUGCUCUCUAGUGGCCAGAGACUCGGGGGGCUCAGAAACAGCUGGAAGGAAGCUGGACUCGUCUGAAGUGCAGCCAAACUAAUCUCCCAUUUUCUCUCUGAUGUCAAAGACUGAAGUGUGAAUAUUCGCCAGCAUGUCGGUCCGGCCCUGCGCCAAGUCCCACUCGCCUCAGACUCAUUCGUUUUCAGCAGACGUUCUCUCAUCUCGCUGAGGUGUUCAGCCAUCCCUUUUCCUUUUUACCCGCUGUAGAACCACACAUUUGAAAUCCUGUCUGAUAUUUAUUAGGAUUUAUUCACGUUACUUUCAUGUUCCGUAGUUAAACAUGCACAGCAUUAGCAUCACGAUUCAAAUCUGUACAUAGGAUGAAGGUGUUUGUAAAGCUAAUUCACAGAAGCAUUUGAAUGUAGGAGAUGGUGGUGGGGAAUUUACAUUGUAAAAAGAUUCAUAAUUAGUUUAAUUAAAUCAUGUCUUAAUUUUACAUUGAAAUUGUGUGAUCGCCUUUUAAAUUUAGUUUAAGCGUUUUGUUUUUUCAGAGUUUCUCAAAACAGAAAUGAUGUGAACAACCCUCAAGAUAUAUCACCUGAAGUUUCCAGCAGCUUCUCUUGUUGUUUUGGAUUUUGUUAAAAGUUUUUAGUUGUAUCCUUUUUUCUGUUUUGUCCCUUUGACUCUCUUUGUUCUGACCAACAAAGCCAAAUCUAAGUUAUCUUCAUCUGAGCCACUUAAAAGUACAGCGCUAAACCUUGUCUGUCCCUCAAAAACACCUAUUUUUACAGCUUAACUUACACUCAAUGGCCACUUCAUUAUGCAUGUCUGAUAAACUGCUCAUUAAGCAUUAAAAUUUCUAAUUAUCCAAUCAAGCAGAAGCAACUCAGUCCAUGUAGACAUGGUCAAAAUGACCUACUGAACAUAAGCUCACCAAAGCUGGACAAUAGAAGAUUUGAAAAAUGUUGCCUGGUCUGAUGAUUCUCGAUUUCUGCUGAAACAUUCAGAUGGUUGAGUCAAAAUUUGGUGUAACAACAUGAAAGCAUGGAUCCAUUCUGCCUUGGUGGUGUCAUGAUGUGGGGGAUAUUUUCUUGGUACAUUUUGGGCCCCUUAGUACCAACUGAGCAUAAUUUAAACACCACAGCUUAGAGCAUUGUUACUGACCAUGUCCAUCCCUUUAUGACCACAGUGUACCAUCUUCUGAUAAGACACCAUGUCACAAAGCUUAGAUCAUCUCAAACUAGUUUCUUGAACAUGACAAUGAGUUCUCUGUACUCAAAUGGCCUCCACAGUCACCAGAUCUCUAUCCCAUUGAGCACAUUUGGGAUGUGUUUGAACAGGAAAUUCAAAUCAUGAAAGGCCAAACCAGUGUACCUAAUAAAGUGUCUGGUAAAUCACACCAUUAACAACAUGAACUCUAGGUAAAACCAUUUGCGGUUGUGUUUGCCAACAGAAAACAAAAUGUGAAGCAAUUAGAGGUACUCUCCGAACACCAGACAUCCCUGGACGUUGUCCUCUGGGCUUUUUAGAAAGACGUUUCUUUACAUCUAAAUUUGUUUAUAAAGUGUAAAUUUAGUAAACAUCUACAGCACACCCAGCUGUUUGUUCUCCUCCUACAGAACUGUUCAGUUUUUAGUGAAACUCGCACACCGGAAUGACUUGAUCCUCGUUCCCAGUGGAUCUUAAUUCUUAUUGGUUUGUGCAAUACAGCCAACCACUGACAAGUAAUCUCAUAAGAGUAACCCAUGUUUUGGGAUGGAUGACGUAUUCUCAAUAUACUGGUUGCAGUAUAUUGAGUUUAAAGCCUAUAAUAUAUCUGGAUAGAUGACAGCUCAUUGCCAUUAUGCACAAUAUGGACACUUAGUGAAUUUUCUCAUGCCAAAAGCCAAAUUGUCUGUCUUUGGAAAGGUCCUCUGAAAAAGCUUUUAGGCCAGUGUACAUAAACUGCAUCAAAUGCUAUUAUCUGCAAGACCAUUAUUUUCUGCCAUGGGUUCAUCAAGCAGGAAAUUAACAUGAAAUGUUGUCAGUGUGAGCCUACUGGUGCAUUAGGAUGAUUAGCAGAUCACCAGCUAAUCAAUAGGCACCGUGUGCAGGAGUGCAGAUGUUAUCAUCAAUCAGUUUUCGCAUCAGUGCACGCAAACACGCGACACUUUUGCUGCUCAAACAGAAAAAUCCUUUUGAUGCAGCUAAGACUGAGUUUGAAGCUUUUAUCUGCCAUGUUUUAUAAAUGGACUUAAACAAAUAUCAAUUUUGAUAACUGCUGUAUGCAGAUUGGACACAAGGUGGCGCCUGAACUCCAUCACAUACAGUUUUUUGUUCUGCAAGCUGCAGUGGUAUUUGUGCGUCUGCAUCUCUGUCCAUGCAGAUAGAGGAUCUAAGACAAGAUCAUAGAUCUAAAAUGAGCUUUUUGUUCUUUGGUUGUUUUAAUGCUAUUAAUGUACUGGAUUGCUCUGAUGCUUAAAAAAACUUAAAAACAUGGAGAAUCUCUUACAAAGUUUUUUCUCUAAGAUUUCAGUAACUUCAGCGACUAUGAAUCUAAAAACAUCUAUUUUUCAAAGCAAGAAAGAAUUUAGCUUAAUACUAUCCUCUUUUCAGAGGAUCAUUCAUCCCAUUCUUCACAUGUUAGCAGAUGAACAACACCAUCAGAACCUGGCCUCCAGUUAACGAGAGGCAAGGUCUGCAUAUCAUUCAAAAGAAGCAUAUAUUUCUGCUUCAUUUGAAUAAAGGGAAAUGUCACUAAUUCACCCCACACGGAGCAUGAUUUGCAGCUGUAAGGCUUUCCGGGUCAGAGGUCACAGGAAGGAAGACCUUCCACCUCAGGCACGUGUCGACCUUCUGAGUUAAAAGUGAAAUAUGUUCCUGCAAUGUUUUGUCCCCUCCUCCUAAAAGCAAAAAGACAGAGGAGUGGAGGAAUCCUCAGCGACUGCGGAGGUAAAGGGCAGGUCGCCCUCACCGACAGUCUGAAAUAUCACGGCUUGCCCGGGGCUCGUCAUCCUCUUUGAUGCUCUGAGGGAGUCUGCGACAAGUCUGUGGUAAUAUUGAGGCAGAGGAGCGAGGGAACAGGAUCGAUCAAGCGCUGUUGACUGAAUCAUUGACUGUGGAUAAAUCCUCUUCUUUAAUGUUGUACUCACUCUCCCAUCACAUUUCCUCUUUAAAAGGGGGGAAAAAAACAUCCACUUUCCUGCAGGUGCCAGGGAUUCAUUCUCAGUUAAUGAGAUUUUAAUCUGACAUACAUAACAGCACCCUCCACACUGACAUUUAAAGAAGUCACUAAGGUUUGCCUUUAAAAGGUGUUCGAAUGUUCUCUACAGUACGCUCGACCCACACACAUCCUGGCCAGAUAUGUAUUUUUUAAAUUAUUUUAUUCCAUCCAAUUAAAAUUCGGUAAGGGACCCUCACAUGUUUCUCAAGCUGAAGUGAAAUUAAAGAUCAAAUUAACAAUCUGUCAUGCCACCAGUCAAAUGAUCAUAUAAAUAGGCUAAAAUAUUCCCAAACCAGCACACGCUGGAUUUUAAGGCGUUAGUGGACUGUGCUUGCCCAAUGGAUACGCAGGAUACACUGUGUAGAGACUGCACGGUAUCCAUUGUACACGCUUAUACACUUAAUUGUAAUGUGCAAUUUAUUUCUUCCAAUUAAAGAGUUGUGCCACCAGA